GUUCAAUUCACAAAUUACUAUCGUUCCAAAGUUAGGAUUACGAAAGAGAGAUGAGUUCGGCAAGCAAAGCUUGGAUCGUGGCUGCGAGCGUUGGAGCUGUGGAGGUUUUGAAAGAUCAAGGCAUCUGUAGAUGGAAUUAUCUCUUCAGGUCUCUGCAUCAGCACGCUAAGGGUAAUACCAGAUCCAUUUCACAGGCUAAAAAGACUUCUUCUUCUUCUUCAUCGACUUCGUCAAUGGUGAAAACUAACAAGGUUGGUGACGAGAAAUUGAAGCAGGUGGAGGAGUCGAUCAGGAAAGUUAUGUACCUCAGCUAUUGGGUUCCCAAUUGAAGGCAUCUUAAUAGUCUUGUUCCUUGAAGGGUGUGAGAUCAUAAACCCUUGUUGAUAUGCAGGUGCCGCUGAAGGUAUUCUGAGUAUAAAGUUUCAAAAUUGUAAAUACAAUACUACAUAAUGUUUGUGAAAUGAAUCGAAUUUUGUUGUA